AUGGCACCUGCGCUGGAACUCCUCGAGAAGCCCGCACAGUAUCUGCCAGUAAAGGCAGUCUCAGCGAUCCGCAAUGGGGAUGCUGCUGGACUCAGAUUGGAGAGCCCGGAGAAGCAUGAGCGGGUGAUGAAUGUCUUCCGAGCGUUCAUCGCUGAUCUCUGCCAGCAGUACGGCGAAGGCCAUGCUGGAUCUCCUAUGGGUAUGGCUGCGAUUGGUAUUUCCCUGUAUAAGUAUGUCAUGAAGUACUCUCCAAAUAAUUGCAACUACUUCAACCGGGACCGCUUCGUUCUUUCAAAUGGCCACGCCUGUCUGUGGCAGUACCUCUUUAUGCAUCUUGUUGGUGUCAAGAGCAUGACACUUGAACAGCUCAAGUCUUACCACUCAUCAAAGCUCGACUCAGUCUGCCCUGGCCACCCUGAAAUUGAGAAUGAGGGCAUAGAGGUUACAACUGGACCCCUCGGCCAGGGUCUCGCCAGUGCCGUUGGCCUUGCCAUGGCCACUAAAAACCUUGCCGCGACUUACAACAAGCCCGGCCAUGAGCUAGUGAAUAACAUGACAUGGUGCAUGGUGGGCGAUGCUUGCCUUCAGGAAGGUGUUGGUCUCGAGGCGCUGUCCCUCGCUGGUCACUGGAAGCUAAACAAUCUCUGUGUUAUCUUCGAUAAUAACUCGGUUACGUGUGACGGAACUGCGGAUGUCGCCAACACCGAGGAUAUCAACACCAAGAUGCGGGCCACCGGUUUUAACGUAGUAGACGUGUACAACGGAAAUUUAGAUGUUGCCGAAAUCACAAACGCUCUUCUUGGUGCUAAAUUGAGCGACAAGCCCACCUUCCUCAACAUUCGCACCACUAUUGGCUACGGGGCUGCCAAAGCCGGCACUGCCGACAUACACGGGGCUGCUCUUGGAGUCGACGAAGUGGCUAACUUCAAGAGGAGGUUCAGCCUCAACCCUGACCAGCAUUUCCACAUCCCCCAAGACGUCUAUGACUUCUUCAGUGACAUCCCUGGUCGUGGUGAGGCACACGAAGCGGGCUGGCAAAACGCCCUGGUGAAGUAUCAGAAUAAAGACCCCAUACUAUCAGCUGAAUUUGCGCUCCGUGUCGCGGGCAAGAUGCCCGAAGACUGGACCAAAUGUAUUCCUCGCACGCAAGACCAGCCCACCGCGCCAACGGCCACACGAAAGUCAGCCGGUGUCGUGACCAACGCCCUUGCAGUGAAUAUCAAUUCAUUCUUGGUCGGAACAGCGGAUCUUACUCCCUCGGUCAAUGUCUCCUACAAAAACAAAGUCGACUUCCAAUCCCCCGAACUCCAAACUGCUUGUGGCCUGAACGGAAACUACAGCGGUCGAUAUAUCCACUACGGUAUCCGCGAGCACGCCAUGUGCUCCAUCUCCAACGGGCUUUCUGCCUUCAACAAAGGCACUUUUAUCCCCAUGACAAGCACCUACUUUGUCUUCCACUUGUACGCCGCUGCCGGUGUGCGCAUGGCCGCGCUUCAAGGCCUCCAGCAGAUUCACAUCGCCACCCACGACAGUAUUGGCGUUGGUGAGAACGGCCCUACCCACCAGCCCAUUGCCGUUGCCGCUCUCUACCGCGCCAUGCCUAAUGUUCUUUACAUCCGGCCAUGCGACGCAGAAGAAGUGGCCGGCGCCUACAUUGCCGCCAUCCAAGCCACUGAGACACCUACUGUUAUCUCACUCUCCCGGCAGAGCCUGACCCAGUACCCCCAACACUCUUCGCGCGAGGGCACGCUCAAGGGCGCGUACGUCUUCGCGGAGGCCGAGGGUGGUGAUUUCGAUGUAACCUUGAUCGGAGUCGGGUCUGAGAUGGGCUACGCGAUGCAGACUAGGGAAUUGCUUCUUAAUGACCAUGGUAUCAGGGCACGAGUCGUUUCUUUCCCUUGCACUAGGCUAUUUGAGCAGCAGUCGCGGGAGUACAAGCAAUCAGUUUUGAAGUCGCGCGCUGGAAAGCCCACUGUCGUGAUCGAGGCGUACCCGUCCAAUGGGUGGGAACGCUAUGCUGAUGCUUCGGUGUCGAUGAACAGCUUUGGAAAGAGCCUUCCUUCAAAGGAGACAUACGAGCACUUUGGAUUUGCACCGAAGAGCAUCGCACCUAAGGUCAAGGCCUUAGUGGAGGAAGUCAGGCGAGACGGUAUCGGAAUUUUGAGGGGUGACUUUAGGGAUUUCAACGGUAGCUUGCGGAUUGGUGUUGAGCAUUAG